AUGGCGACGAGGCUCUGGAACCACACCUCCCUCUCAGACUUCAUCCUCCUGGGCCUGUUCGGCCAUUCCCCUUACGUCUCCUUCCUCUUUUCCCUGGUCUUUCUGGCCUCUGUUGUUGCUCUGGUCAGCAACAUCCUCCUCCUGUUGCUCAUCCAGGCAGAUAGGCACCUGCACACCCCUAUGUACUUUUUCCUGAGCCUGCUCUCCAUCAUGGACCUGACCAUAAUGACCACUGUGGUACCCAAGAUGGUGGCCAACUUCCUCUUGGACUAUCAGCUCAUCUCGAAGGGAGGCUGUGCAGCUCAGGUCUUCCUGGUAGUCAUGGUGGGAGGAGCUGAGUGCUUUCUCUUGGCAGUCAUGGCAUAUGACCGGUUUGUGGCAAUCUGCCACCCUCUGCGAUAUCCUGUGCUCAUGAAGUGGAAGACCUGCUAUCUCCUGGCCUUGGCAUCCUGGAUGGGUGGGAUGGCUGACAGCGUGGUUGAUGUAGCUGUGGUCUUCAGCUUUCCUUACUGUGGAUCUCUGAAGGUGGACCACUUCUUCUGUGAGGUACCCGUCCUGUUGCGUCUUUCUUGUGCUGACACUUCACUUUUCGAGGACCUCAUCUAUGUGUGCUGUGUGGUCAUGCUGCUACUUCCUCUUGGGGUCAUUGUGGCAUCCUAUGCUCGUAUCCUCACAACUGUGAUUAGGAUGCCGUCCACUGAAGGGAAACAGAAGGCUUUGACCACCUGCUCCUCACACCUGGCUGUGGUAGGCCUUUAUUAUGGAGGAGCUAUCUUUAGCUACAUGCAGCGGGCCUCAACUAGAACCCCAGUGAGAGACAGGGCCACCUCCAUCUUCUAUACCAUCCUCACCCCAAUGCUCAAUCCACUUAUUUACAGCCUGAGGAACCGGGAAGUAGCCAAGGCCCUGAAGAAAAUGCUGGGAAGAUGGGGAAUGUAG